GAAGAGACUGGAAGAGACGAAAUGCGUGAGAGAUUACGUGGGAAAAUGCUUGUUGCAUGAAGCGGCUUCGCUCUUCAAUAUAACUGCGGGAGGAACACUGAAAGUAUUUGGAGAUCUAUGCACAGACGGCACAGAAUUCAAUAAAGCCUACUUGAGCAAUAUAGAGUGUUGGCCGAAAACCAAAAGUGAUCUUGAAUACUGUCACUUAAAAUUUAAGGAUGCUAUUAAUGAAAUCAAGCAUGAAAUGGAUUUUGGCAUACAAGCGUUCCACAGCUGUUGUGCUUUUGAAUGGCUGAAAAUGUGCACAUCAACAUCAGUUGAAUUGAAAUGUAAUCAGGAAGCAAAAAGCUUUAUUGAAAAAUCUACCAUUACUAUGCUUGGCGAACAAUACAAAAUGCUGUGCGAUAAAUCAACAAAGGGGCCAUUCACAAAUUGCUUUGGGCUGUAUGGAGAAGAGAACCUGGAAAAAGAAGAUCUCGUAAUGAUAUUCUCGGGUGGCAGCACUGCUCGCAUUGCGUCAUUUGUUAUGCUCUUUCUCCCUUUCAUUCUCACAAAAAUAAAAGAUUAUGUAACACUUUAUUAAUAUUAUCAUGAAUUUUGUCUACAUCUAAAUGUUGUUUUAACCAGUUCAGAUCACGCAAUUCUUCCUUCAUGACCCACGUAUCAUAUAUAAGACAAGUCUUACCAGCGACCAAUAGUCAAACGAACUUGAUUUAGAACGUUUUCUUUUAAUUUUCAGACGAGACUAAAUUGGCGGUUGAAGCUCGUUUUAAUUUCAAGUAAGGACACACUUCAAUAUGCGUUACGGCUCCAUCAUUUUUAAUUUUUUUUUAUUUGAUCCGGGCUAAUUAAACAUGUAAUCAACUACCUGGGUUCUUUAGAAAGAAUUGCAAAUCACUGCGCUGCCCCCCCCCCCUACGGAGUGAGAAAAGUAUGGAGUGCUUUGAUUUAUGUGGGUGUAGAUUUGUUAAAUAGUGCUUUACAUGUUUUGGAACAGUUGUUUUUUUUCCUUUAAAAGACUAUCAUCAACAUUUUAUAACAGUACGUUUAGAAACUUUCAAUGAUAAUAAACUGCAUUCAAUUUACUGGAUUACAGUAAGAGAUUUACUUGAAUUUUUAAAUGAAAAUUGGGAUUAACGGAAAAAAUCGUGAAAUCCGAGUGUACGUAUACUUUUGGAGUGUACGGGCAGCUAAUUUACAACCCAGCGGCCUUUAACGACUAGCUCUCUUUUUUGGAGAUUCUUUUAUGAGCUGCAGUUGGUCGCAAUUAUAAUGUAAGUUUUUAAUUUUUUUUUUAAUUUCUUUCCUUAACAAAAUAGGUUAUAAAUCAUGUUUUUCUUUAUUUAAAAAAAUUUACUUACCAGAAGAGUUGGUCGCUAAAAGCCGCUGGAUAGGAAAAUCGCGUAUGGGCAUGGGGAAGAAUUUUUUUACUUUCGCUGGCCCUGAACAAUUAAUUUGUGUUAUUUACAUUAGAAAUCUAAAGCUCUUUUUCUUCUAGAUGAGCUUUUGUGGUUAUUUUGAAUAAACCGCCAUUUGGGGUUUCUUAGAUUUCUUUUCAAUUCUCCAAGACAUCAGACAAUUGAAAGCAUUUGCCUUAGAAAUUAUUGUUGUAACACUUGGGUCGACAGUUACAUUUCAUUUAUAAUUUUUCUGAUACAUUGAUGUAAAGACAAACAAAAAAAGGAGAGAGAAAAAUAUGGUGGCUGAAGGAAUACGGAGUGUCUGAAUUCAGCAGCGAUAUUCGGCUUAUUUCAGUUGGUAACUAAAGACUCAAAUCACUGUACAUAUACUACUUAAAACAUUUAUUUGUAAAAUAAAAGAGUUAAAAGUAGA